CUGGGGUAGUAGCCAGGUGGGGGUGGGGAGGGGUUGAGCCGCCUAGCUAGCAUCUCUUGAACUAGAGGCCUCCCCGGAGGGAGGGCAGGUGCUUCCCCGCCCGCCUGCCCCAUGGCUGCCAUGCUGCCCUGGCGCAGAAGCAAGUUUGUCCUGGCCGAGGAGGGGGAGCGCCAGGCGAAAGGCAAGAGCCUGGGUCCGGGCCUGAGCUACGCCUCCUUGCUGUCCAACUUCGUCCGCUCCUGCCCGGACCUCUGGCCCGACUGCCCCCUGGAGCGCCUGGGCAGCGUCUUCCGCAGCAAGCGCCAGAAGGUGGAGCUCAACAAGGAGGACCCCACCUACACCGCCUGGUACCUGGGCAACGCCGUGACCCUGCAGGCCAAGGGCGAGGGCUGCACUGACCUGGCGGUGGACAAGAUCUGGGCCAAGAGCGACUCGGGGGCUCGGAGCACCAAGAUGAAGCUGACCCUGGGGCCCCACGGCAUCCGCAUGAGCCCCGGCGAGAAGGGGGCCCGCCGGCCCAGCCACGCCUACCUGCUGCACCGCAUCACCUACUGCGCAGCCGACGGGCGCCACCCCAAGCUCUUUGUGUGGGUCUACCGGCACCAGGUCAAGAACAAGGCGGUGGUGCUGCGCUGCCACGCGGUGCUGCUCUCCACGGCCGAGAAGGCCCACGCCGUGGCCCUGCUGCUCUACCAGACCUCCAACUCGGCCUUCAACGAGUUCAAGCGCCUCAAGAGGCAGAACGACGCCCGGCACCUGCAGCAACAGCUCCUGGGCGAGGCCAUGAUCCCCCUGGUGCCCCUGCGGAAGCUCCUCAACGGAAAGUGUCCCUACAGGCCUCCGCCAGACAGGAACCGCAGUGCCCCCAGGCUGAGCGCCAUCCAAGAGGAGGAAGAGGAGGAGCAAGGGGGGAAGGAGGAGAAGGCAGAGAGCCACGGCCACGUGGCCCAAAGCCGGGAGCUGCCGGAGGUACUGACCUUGGCCCGGGAGCUGCGGACUGCCACUUUGAGAAGCCCGCUGCCCCAGGCGUACAUGCCAUCGUGGGACCCGCCGUGCGUGUCUUCUUAG